AUGUCGGGUCUCAUCAACAAGGCAAAGGAAGCCCUGGCCGGGAAUCAUCAUGAUGACCCGAGAUCAUCUAAUGCCGGACCACACAGCAGCAAUGUUGCCAACAAAGUGGAUCCCAGAGUUGACUCGGACUUCGACCACAGAAAUGACCCUACAAGCAAUGUAGGCGGUCGAGGACACACUCAGACAACAGGCUAUGGUGCUGGUGCUGGCGCUGGCGCCAGCGCUGGUUAUGGUGGUGCCAACACCGGCUACAACACUGCACCAACAACGACUGCCGGGAACAACAUACACUCAAGCCACCUAGCGAACAAGGCUGAUCCCAGGGUCGACAGUGACUUCGACCAUCGUGCCAACCCUACAAGCAGUGUGGGAGGUUACGGAACCUCUCAGACCUCCGCUGGGUAUGGAGGUCAGCAUGGCCAUGGUACUACAGGGGCUGCCGGAGCGACAGGCACCGGUGGUACUGUACACUCAAGCAAUCUCGCCAACAAACUGGAUCCCAGGGUCGACAGCGAUCGCGAUCAUCGUGCCAAUCCUACAAGCAGCGUUGGAGGUUACGGUAAUUCACAGACAACUUCCGGUUAUGGUCACUCGAACCACAACGGCGCUGGAGGCUACGGAGCCGCACCUACGUCUGGAUACGGUCAACAAGGUCAUGGUGCCGGCGUCCACGACACAGUGACCACUGGGGGUGCAGGAUACGGAGGCCAUAACACCGGAGUCCCAGCGAACUCUGGCUAUACGGGAACAUCGUCGACCGCCGCCGGUCAUUCUGGGGCUUCGACACACCCACCGCACAGCUCAGACUUGCUGAACAAAGUUGAUCCGCGAGUCAAGGUGGACAAGGAAGGUCGACCUUUGUGA